AUGGCAAUGAGUGUUAACGAUGAUUCAAGUGAGCAGCCAUAUUGUUUCGAUAAUUUUUCAUUACAACAGAUGGAUAAAAGUAGUUAUUAUCAACAUAUGACUGAGCAUAAAAUGGAUUCUGGCUAUUUGACAUUUUCAUCAUUGUCAUCGUCGUAUAUUUCGCUGCAACAUUUCUCUUCUCCUACUCAUUCAUUAUUAAUGCAACAACCUAGUGAUAUUCCGAUCGAUAACGAACGAGAUCUUACAGAAGACUCAAUACAAAAUAUACGUUUUUCGUCACAUGAAGAUUAUGAAAACUAUAUAAAAACAAAAAAAUAUAUUGAUAUAUUUACACGUUUAUCUCAACAUAAUGCAUUUCAUCUUAUUGAUAAAAUUUUAACAAAUUUACCUGUUAAUGAUAUCAAACAUUGUUUAUGCGUCUCACGUAAUUGGUAUAAAAUCAUUGGUAAAUAUUACUGGAAACAAAAAGAGCAUAAACAAUUGGCAAAUGUUAAGCGAAAUUUAUUUUCAUGUGAAAGAAAGAGUGUGUAUGAGAUACUUUCUCAACAAACUCCGUUAAAACAACGUCGGCCACUUCAGCAACAAUUACAACAGGAACAUAUCCAACAUCAUUGUCUAUUUAUACCUACACCAGUUUCAAUGAAUAAUACAACAGCACUUAGUUCGCAAAAUCAUCCUCUACGACCACUAACAAAUUUACCAUAUUCUUCAACACCGGCACAACUUACCUCAACGGCACUCACGCCAAUAAUAACGUCUAUAAAUAAUGAUCAAAAUGUAGACCCAUCAAAUAAUGAUAAUCAUCCGUUUUCGAGAUUAUUAUUUUCUCCAUCCUCAACUAUAGUAUCACCACGAAAAACAUAUCGUUAUGAAUAUUUAAAAUAUCUUCAUGGUCCAACAGUACCAAAACGAUGCCCUAUCUGCUCAUAUAUUUCCGUUGUGGAUAUUAACGAUCAACAUGGUAUUUGUUCCAAUCCAACGUGUCAAAAUAAUUUUUGUUAUCGUUGUUCAGGACCUUAUCAUCCAUUAAGUCCAUGUAAAAUAAAAACUGGACCUAUUAUGUCACCACUCAAAAAACGUCAACCAAUUUCACCCAUUUUUUCAAGUAAAACACGUACAAAUUUGAAACGUUUAUUAUUAAGAUAA